AUGCCAAAGAACCCACAGUUUGCUUAUGAGGCAAAACAGCCCGCAUUCUUACAAAAGCUUCGGGGCCAGUAUGGCAGUGAUACAUCUGGUCGCCUAGAGCAACCUGCACUACGACCUCGAAAAGCCAAGGACCCCAAAGACGAAGAAGAAGACGAGCCUGUAUACAUUGAUGAAGAGAGCAAUGAAGUCAUCUCCAAGGAAGAAUACAAGGCGCUAGCUCAGGGCGAAACCACGAAGGAAGAGGAUGGGACUUCCAAGGGACCAACCCUAGCUGAGGAAGGACAAACACAAGGGGAGAGCUCUGUGAAACAAAGCAAUCUCACUGAGGUUGGUGGCCAACGCAAGCGAAAGCAGGCUAAAGUGGUGGGCGAGGAAGAGAACAAGGCAGAGCCAGAGGAAACACCUAAAGCGACCGAGAAGCCCAAAAAAUCUAAGAAAGGGAAGAAGAUCAAGCUAUCAUUUGAUGAUGAGUGA